AUGCAGUUUUUCACAACCAUCCUGUGCCUUGCAGCUACCGCCAUGGCUUUGCCUCAGUCUGGCAACGGUGUUGGCAACGCUGGCAACAGCGAUGUCAAGUUCCCAAUCAGCGGCCAGACUACCCUGGCCCAGGGCAAGAAUGCUUGCGGGAAUGACGCGAAGCUUUCGUGCUGCAACAAGGCAACCUAUACCCAUGAUAUCAACACGGCCAACACAGGUCCGUUGGCUGGAGUUCUGGCUAAUGCCCUCGGUGGUGGCCCUGGAGGUGAUGGUCUGGGUUUGUUUGAGCAGUGCCAGGAUCUUGGUCUCAACGCUGUCGAUAUUGUGGGCCUGAAUCAGUUGAUCGACCAAAAGUGCAAGCAAAACAUUGCCUGUUGCCAGAACUCGCCUUCGACUUCCAACAACAACCUCGUCGGUGUGGCCGUUCCUUGCGUUGCGCUGGGCUCAAUCCUGUAA